AUGGGUAAAGAGGAACAGAGCCUACACCUCACCGGCCCAUGGCAUAGUGAUGGUGACACAGGCAGUGACAUGAGCAUGGAAAAGCUGGCCUCGCCCCUCACCAGCCCACAACACUGUUGUGCGGGUGGUGCCGGGGUGGCUCUGGCCAUGGCAAGGCUCUCCUCUGUUGAUAGAUUCUGGUAUUCCUCCUACCAGCUGAUGUGCUACUAUAACAAUGUAGCCCAGACCAGGCCAAGACUGAGAAGUUUCAGUCCUGCUGAUAUUGACCCUUGCCUGUGUACUCACCUCAAGUGUCUAGUUAGUAUGUGGAACAAGAUCACCAUGAAAAGCAUAAAUGACUUGAUUGACUACCAAACUUUAAAUAUCCUAAAAGGCAGGAAAACCCAGCUGAAAACCCUCCUGGCCAUUGGAGGCUGGGACUUUGGACUUGCCCCAGAAGUUCUCUCUAGAAAACCACUUUAACAUGGACUCCACUCCUCACAGACUUUCAUUAACUCAGCCAUCAAAUUCCUGUGUCAGUACGGGUUUCAUUGGCUGAACCUAAACUGGCAGUCCUCUGAGUCUCAUGGGAGCCCUGCUAAGGACAAGCAUCUCUUUGCCAUCCUUGUGAAGGUGAGGAAAGCAGGAAAAGCCAGAAGUAUCUUCAAGCAAUAGCCCCAGUUGAUGAUCUCUGUCACAAUGUCUGGUGUCAUCCUCACCAUCCAGUCUGGCUAUGAGACCCCCCAACUGUCACAUUACCUAGACUACAUCCAGGUCAUGACUUACAAUCUCGAUGGCUCCCACUUUACAAAUCCCCUUCAAAACAGUCCCCUUUACAAAUCCCUAAAUGACACUGGUACCAACACCUUCCUCAAUGUGGAUUACAUUGUGACCUACUGGGAUGAGGAUGGAGCCGCUCCUGAGAAGAUCACUGCUGGAUUCCCAGGCUAUAGACAAACCUUCACCCUGAGUGACCCCUCCACCACUGGAAUCUGUGCCUCUACAUUAGUGCUGGUGCACUAG